AUGGCGCCGAAGUCGAAGGCAACGGCCAAACCAAAGCGCAGCCGGGCAGGCAGCGCGCCACCUCGCCCCCGAAGAGGGGCCUCCCCUGCCCCCUCAGGAAGCGUAGCCGGCAGUAACCGCGAAGGCUCCAAAGAGCGCGCGGGCUCGAUGGUUGAGUCCAAGGAAAAGGCCGCAGAUGGCGACGCCGCCUCAGCGGCUUCCACCGAGGUCGAAGCACCGCCGGUCAUUGUCAGCAUAAGCAAGGAGACCAUCAAGAAGAUCUUCUCGAGGUUCGACUUGAAUGGAAAUGGCACUAUCGAGAUGUCCGAGCUAGCAAUGGUCUUUCAAAUCCUUGCUCCCCGCCAGUGGUCCACAAAUGCCAUCAAGAGGCUCUUUGAUGGAAUGGAUAUCAAUGAGGACGGCCAUGUCCAGUUCACCGAGUUCAUCGAGUGGAUUUUCGACACAGGCACCAACUCGUUCAAGGGCGCACUGGAGAUUGCUGAGACCAACGAUGGCGCACGGACCCUCGAGUGGUCCGUGGCAGACAUCCAGCUGCCGAUCACGGCACCCGACAUCCGAGCAGAGUUGGAGAUCAUUGACGGCUUUGCCAUCGAGGACGAGAUCAAGAAGAUGGACCCCUACGACCUCAAGAAGCUCGAGCUGAUUACAGUGGUGCCCGACCCCAUCCGGAGAGUCCUUGAGGCGGUGUAUUUGCUGUUGCUGCCAUCUUCGGGUCUGCCAUCCAUCAGCGCUCUGACCCCGCCCGAGUGGUCGGGCAUCCAAGACAUGCUGAAAGACAGCUCCAUGUCCCAGCGGGUCAUGAACUUCAAGGCCAGAAAGGAAGAGAUGAAGACGCGACCGCUCUGGGGCAGCUAUGCAGCCAGGCGGUUUUUCACCGUGGAGAAGGUUGACGCCGAUAUUGCGGAGCUUGAGGGGGAUCCACCGAGGCCCUUGAGCUACGAGCGGGUCGUGAGCUCCUGCCAAUCUCUGCGCCUGGGCGCAAUGAGACUGGAGGCCCCCAUUUCAGAUGGGUGCGUUUCCACGAAGUAA